GGUAGUAAGAGUUUAAGUUUAGGAAACUACUACAAGGAGGAACCUGGGCUUCCUAAAGAUAAAUUUAAUAUCAAAAACUCAGGAUUAAAGUUGCUCCGACGUUUUGAGAGUUUUCAAUCAAACUUGAAAAAAUCGUUUAACAAGCAAGCUCGUCAAGCUCGUCAAGCUCAUCAUGCUCAUCAUGCUAAUGUAAACCAAACUACAGACUGUGAUGAUCACGUGUUCUUUAGAGGAUUCAGUGGGAAAGAAAGGCAAGAAAUAGAGGAAAACUACUCCGCCCACUCCGCCCUACACCCCGCCCCUCCCCCUAGAACCAGAAAACAAUCCUGUAGAAAAAGAAACAGUCUGACAUCACUCAAACGAUCACUAAGUUUUGGCGACGCGGAAUAUAUAUCUGAAGCAGUUUGUUCUGGAGAUAUCCAGGCUUUAGAGGAGUUAUAUCCAGACUUUCCCAGGAGUGUGCCCAUCUAUGCUGUAAUAAACAAAGCUACAAAGAGAAAAGUGGAAGCGCAGAGCACUGUAAUAGAAUCUACUCCAUUUCUGAACAUCACAAGGGAAUCUAACCAAUUUUAUAACCAACUGAUAAAUUCUUCCAAAUUAACACAACCAGCAGAGGAAUCUAGCUCAAUUCUAAACAAUGUUUUAGAAUCUACUGAAUUUUCGAACUUUCCAUUAGAAUCUACAGAUUUGUCAAAUCUAGCUGUAGAACCUACCUCAUUUUUGAACGGGGGAAAAUCUGCCUAUUUACUAAACCCGAAUAGGGUUAAAGAAAGAAAAGAAGGAGGUGAAGAAGAAGGAGGUGAAGGAGAAGGAGGUGAAGAAGAAGGAGGUGAAGGAAAAGGAGGUGAAGAAGAAGGAGGUGAAGAAGAAGGAGGUGAAGAAGAAGGAAAAGAGGGAAAAGAAGGAGAAAAAGAAAGGGAAGAAGAAAGAAGAGAGGGAGGAGUAGAAAGAGAACGAAUAAAAGAUCUAGGUCCUGGAAUAUUUGAGAUUGGAGAAGAGAAUAUUUCUCCAAUAUUCCUGGGAGUAUGUAAGGUUGUAGUGCACCAUGAUCUACCUGUAGCUCAGCAGACCUGGAUACAAACUGGAUAUCUAGAAACAAGCUUAGAUGAAGAACCAGAAGUAAACUCCGCUCAAAGUCGAAACUUAAGUUUAGCGCGAUUGGAAGACUUAAGUCUAGCUCAACGUAGCGAACUGAACUCUGCUCAAAGUACAGAUAAAAGCUCAGCUGAGGAACAAGGAAUAUAUUCGGGUCAAUCAGCUCAGUCUACAAACAUAAAUCCAGAUCAAGACGGACAUAUUUGUUUUAAAGAAUCAGGUUCAGAUAUUUGUAUUAAAGAAUCAGGUUCAGAAAUGGUUAAACUAUCCCAGAAACUCUUCAGUGAAGAUGAGGAAAUAAUGGGAAGGACGGAGAAUGAAUUAAUCAGUGAUAAGAGAAGGAUGGAAAGGAUGGAAAGGACGGAAAAGAUGGAAAGGAUAAAGAAUACAUCUGUAGAUAAUCAAGAAAGGAGAAGGAGAAUAAGGAAAGUAAAUGAAGAAGUACAAGGAAAGGAAAAAGAAUCUCUAGGUUCAAAAGAAAGGAAAAAAAGAAUGGAAACUAAAUAUCUAAACGAUCAAGAAAGGAUGAGAAGAAUAGAAAGUAAAUCUCUGAAUGAUAAAGAAAGGAUGAGGAGGAUAGAAAGAAAAUCUCCAGAUGUUGAAGAAAGGAUGAGAAGUGAGUCUCCGGAUGAUAAAGAAAGGUUGAGAAGUGAGUCUCCGGAUGAUAAAGAAAGGAUUAGAAGCUCGAAGAAUAAAUCUCCCAAAGACAAAGGAAGAAUGAGGAGUAAGAGUUGCAAGAAUGAGGAGGAGAUCACAUUUAACUCUGGAGUUCUCUAUAUUACUCAGAGUCCUGGAGAAACCAAGAAACCAGGGAAAAGUGAAUAUGAGGGAAAUUCCCGAAGGAUAGUCACAAGAGUCCAGUUAGCAUCAGAUAAUAAGGAGAAAACAGUUGAGGGAAUAAAUUCUUAUCAAAAACUAAAUGACCCAGAUCAGAUUCAGGAUCUAAAGCCGGAGCUAAACCCAAUUUUCUCUGAAUCUUUGUUUUACCCUGUAGGGCAGGACAGAGAGGAAAGAUAUCUGUCCUUGUCUGGUACUGGAGCUGAAACCAAACCUAAACCUAGGGAACAGGACAGAGAGGAAAGAUAUCUGUCCUUGUCUGGUACUGGAGCUGAAACCAAACCUAAACCUAGGGAACAGGAGAGCGAGAAAAGAUAUCCGUCCUUGUCCGGUACUGGAGCUGAAACCAGACCUAAACCCAGCGACGAUGUUGUUGAUUUUCAGAAAGUAUGGAGAUACGAUAGGGAACCUAGAAAUCUAAAUACAACACUGAAUACUUCUGAUAACGUGAUUUUCUUCAACUGUUCUGUAAACAACAACGACAACAAUACCAAUAACAACAACAACAACAACAACAACAACAACAACAACAACAAUAACAAUAUAAAGAAGAAAAAAGCCCGAAGAUGUGAGGAAAGCCCCAAGUCUCUAUCCUCUCAACCCUACACCAGGACUUGUAUUGAUAAACUUCUAUCUAAGGCUGAUACUAGGAUACAACAUGCUGAAUCCAUUCUAUCUUCUCUAGUUUACAGAGGACACGGAGAAUAUUCAUCUUUAGUUGAACCCAGACCUGGAGAAUAUUCAUCUUUAGUUGAACCUAGACCUAGAGAAUAUUCAUCUUUAGUUGAACCUAGACCUAGAGAAUAUUCAUCUUUAGUUGAACCCAGACCUGGAGAAUAUUCAUCUUUAGUUGAACCUAGACCUGGAGAAUAUUCAUCUUUAGUUGAACCUAGACCUGGAGAAUAUUCAUCUUUAGUUGAACCCAGACCUGGAGAAUAUUCAUCUUUAGUUGAACCUAGACCUGGAGAAUAUUCAUCUAUAGUUGAACCCAGACCUAGAGAAUAUUCAUCCUUAGUUGAACCCAGACCUGGAGAAUAUUCAUCUUUAGUUGAACCUAGACCUGGAGAAUAUUCAUCUAUAGUUGAACCUAGACCUGGAGAAUAUUCAUCUUUAGUUAAACCUAGACCUGGAGAAUAUUCAUCUUUAGUUGAACCUAGACUUAGAGAAUAUUCAUCUAUAGUUGAACUCAGACCUGGAGAAUAUUCAUUUUUAGUUGAACCCAGACCUGGAGAAUAUUCAUCUUUAGUUGAACCCAGACCUGGAGAAUAUUCAUCCUUAGUUGAAGUUAGACCUGUAGAAUAUUCAUCUUUAGUAGAACCUAGACCUGGAGAAUAUUCAUCUUUAGUUGAACCCAGACCUGGAGAAAUCUCAUCCCGCCUGAAUGAAAGAUCUAGAAAAACCAGAAUUAAGGGUUUAGCUCCUGGAUUAUAUUCUCUACCACCAACUGUAUGUCAAGGUUUGGAUAUUGAGAAAAAUAUCCGGUUACUUGAAAGAACACAGGAGAAGCUGGCUGCAACCCUGCAGACAUUUAAGGCGCUUCGUGACCAAACUCAGGAUUCAGAAACAAUUCCAAUGAUACUCAGGCUCCCGUCUAAACUUCAAACCCAGACAGGAAACCCGUCCCAGAGCUUUAAUCCUUCCCAGAACUUAAAUCCGUCCCAGAGUUUAGUUGAGUCCCAGAGCUUAGAUCAGUCCAGAAGCUUAAAUCCGUCCCAGAGCUUUAAUCCUUCCCGGAGCUUAGAUCAGUUCAGGAGCUUAAAUCCGUCCCAAAGAUUAGAUCCGUCUCACGGAUUAGAUCCGUCCCAAGGAUUAGAUCCGUCUCAAAGAUUAGAUCCGUCCCACGGAUCAGAGAAUCCUGCCACCCUGAGAGAGGACGGAGAAACCAUGUUCUCCAGUUUACCGAUGAACCUUAAGAUUGAUUUGGUUCACCCGGAUGAUCUUGGAAAGCGGACAGAAGACUGUACAGCCGAAGAAAACCGUCUGAGUGGCUGGGAUGAGAACAAAGAAAAUUCUUCAACUUCAUCUUCAAACAGUUCUUUUUCACCCUCAAACAGAUCCAUUCAAUGGUAUGACGGGGAUGCUGAAUCAUCAGAUACUUGGAACAGAAACAGUUUAUCAGGUGUUCAGGAAAGUACGGGGUCUGAAGAUGGAACAAGUUCACCGCUAAAAGCAAGAUUUAGUGAAAUAUUCGGAUCAUUUACCGCCAACCGCCGCCGGCGGAAUAGUAAAAGCAACCGAAAAUCUGUUCCUGGGGUAGAGGCUAACACAAAGAUGGGGAACAGUAUGAUUAGCUCGGCGGAGGAGGCGGUUCAUUCCCCGCGGAUAAAUUCUGAACCACCAAAGUUUCCUUCCAAUAGACCGCCGGCGGUGAAGAAUGCGUCUUCUUCCUCCUCCUACAUCACCGCAGCAGAUUCUUCCGAGCAAGGUUCAGAUUUAAACUCAAAGAACGUACUACCAUCCAGAUACAACGGGCCUUCAGUCAGCUCCGCCACCUCCGGUCCUUCUCUAGGAGCAAGAUCUAAACGAGAAAGUGUGAUCAGUGAACAGUCCAGCUCUUCAGACGAAACUUCGCCUCCGAACUCGUCUCACUCUGACGGUACAAGUGAGGAGCAACGAAUGGAAAAGAAAGUGUAUUAUAUAGCUCGGGAAAUUAUGACGUCAGAAAAGGUGUUUGUAGAAGUGCUUCAACUAAUAUGUAAAGACUUUACUGGUUUUAUUCAAACCAAGAUGGAAAGCUCUAAAACUGAAAUAAUACCUGCGGACGUGUUCUCUAACCUGUUCUUAAACCUGAAGGAGAUCUUGACCUUGAACUCGGAGCUGUUGAGGGAGUUCGAGGACAGGGUUGAGAACUGGGAGAACUGUCAGAAGAUCGCUGAUGUUAUUGUAAACAAGGGCCCAUUCCUGAAACUGUACACAGUUUACAUCCAGGGGUUCACAAUGAUGAUGAAUAAGCUCUCCUCCUGUUGUACCAAGUAUCCUGUGUUCGGGAACCUUGUAGCUGAGUUUGAGUCUAGGCCUGCCUGUAAACAGCUUAAACUUAAUCAUCUUCUUCUUAAACCUGUUCAACGCCUUCCACAAUACAGAUUACUUCUUGAGGAUUAUCAGAAGCAUCUGGGAAGAGAAAGCCAAGAUUUUGAUGAUACUGCGCAUGCGCUGCGCAUAGUGACCGCUGCUGCUGAGCAUGCUAACUCUACUGUGAGCGGACAGGAGGAUUCAGUACGCAUGCUCCAGCUUCAGGGCAGAUUAAAUAACUGGGAACUCAUUAAACCAGGACGGGAUUUGAUCAAGGAAGGUGAACUGAAGAAGAUUUCUAGAAAGGGAGAAGCUUCGAGAUAUUUUAUUCUUCUCUCCGACUCUCUUCUUUACACAACCUACUCUGGGUUAGGAGAUAAUUAUGGCUUGAAAGUUAAAUAUUGUCUAAACCUUAGUCAAGUUCAAGUCCAUCUUCCUUCUUCACAGGAGUAUCAGACUGAGUUUAGUAUCAAGAGCAGUAUAAGAAGUUUCACCCUUCGAGCCAGGGAUGUACGUGAAAGAAUGGACUGGGUUGAAUCUAUAUCUGGAGCUGUCGAAGAAUAUAGAACUCGAAAAUCUACAUUUAUGGAACAGCAGAGUUAUAGAUUGUCUACAGCAGAGUUAAAUAAACUGGAGAAUGGUGUUCCUCAAGAAGAUGUUGCUAGGCUAGGUUAUCAGGCACCGGUCUGGGUUCCAGAUCAUAGAGUUACAAUGUGUCAACAGUGCAGUACAGACUUUACACUUGUACACCGUAGACAUCAUUGCAGAGCAUGUGGUCAG